UAAUUAUUAAUUUUUUAAUUAUUUAUCUAUGCAUCCCACCACAAGAUGGCUUGCUGUGGACCUCACUGGUCACUCAAAGAAGGUGAUAAUCACUCAGAGAAGAUCCUUAAGACAUGGGAGUGAUGAGAGAAGGCUUAAGAGUAGCUGUAUCUCUACCUUCUCAAGCAGAAUAUCAUCUACUUCAGGUAGCAUUGAGCUCGACGAUAUUCCCAAAGUUGAGCCAAUUCAUUGCCAGUUAUCCAAAAAUAAGGGUGAAGCUGAAACACGAGUUAGCUCUGAUUGCUCAGCCAAAAAUAUCUCAUUAGUGAACACAGAAGGUAGUUGUUCACCAGAAUUUUUUGAUAUUUUCCCUGAAAUAGGGCAGGAAGGGAAUGAUUCUGAUUCCAUGGAGAAUGAAUCUGGUGUAAAAAAACAGAGAUCAAAGAGUAGGAAAGAUAGAGGAAGACUUAUAGUCUUAACCAAGUACACCAAUGAUGGAGUGGAUGAGCAAGAUGAUUUAUUAAAUGCAGAUAAAAUACCAUCGAGAACAGUUCAGAAGAUUCCUAGCUCAAUUCAAAGUCAUGUUAUGCCUCAAUCUCCAACUACUCCUAAUUCAAUAAAGCUUACAUUCCCUUGGAGAAAAUAUAAUGAAAGGGAGAGUAUGCCAAAAAAUUCAAAAACCCUUAAAAAUCCAAGAUUUGAAAAGAUUCUGGUCCCAGAUGAUCUUGAUUACUGGCUCCCAUCAUCUUAUGAGGAACUUAUGAAUGAAGAAAAGACAGAGGACAGUAUCUCCAAUCUGCUUGAGAUGUCCAAUACAUUUGGUCAGAAAGCCCCAGACAUUCAGGAAAAAGACCUGCAUGAAAGAUAUGUUAAGCUUAAGGACAAAAUGAAGGAAAUCCAAAGACCUACAAAUCUCUGAGCUCCAAAGUCCUUGAGUCAGAGAAAGUCUGAAUGAGACUUUAAUACUAGCAAGAAAUCAACUAAGAUAAAGAGUAGGUUCUUUGUUCGUAACAAGAAGAACUCCUCUACCAAGAAGCUGAUGCUUAGCAAAAUUAACUUGAUGGUCCCAAAAGACAACUCUAAAGAACCUUCUCAUAAUGAGGAAAUUAUUUCAUACAAUUCCUCCGCAACUCCUCUAGAAGGAAUCAACGAGAUGAAAUCAGGUGAAAGAUUAACUGAUCCUACUGGCUUUUUAGUCUAUAAGCCUCGUGAGAUUAAAGCUCAACCUAAAAAUAAGCAUGAAAUGGAAGCUAUAGGGUUUAUAGAUCAUGAAUUCCAAUUUGUGCUGCCAAAUUGUGACCUAGAACCUACUAAGAAGACUAAGAAUAUUUUAUCUCUUGAGAAACUUAAUAUUUUCAAACUUUUAGAGAAAGAGUCUCCACAUCAGCCUGAUAUUGAUAAGAGCUUCGCUCUGAAUCUCAUCAAGGAAAUCACAGAGAUUGAGAUGAGCAAAUACCAGCAUGAUCCCUUGAUGAAGAAGGUGGUCACAAAGAUCCUUGAAAAAGGCACCCUCCAGUCUAAAUAAACUCUAUCAAUUCACC